AUGACUACACCAAUGGCAAGUCUCGCCCUGGAGGGUGGUGAUCCACGAGAUCCUCACCAUCCCAUUACGGGGAAUGCCAAAGCUGUAGAAUUGGCGAUGUUGUCCUCGAUACAUGAUCCCAGCAUCACAUUUGAAGAAUAUAUCUACUGGGCUGAAAUCACUCGUGCCGAGGAGAAAAUCGCCAACGAAAAGUUUAUUGCAGCUCAGGGACCGAAAAAUUGGAAAACCCCAAUCAUAAAUCGGUUUUCUCGUGCAAAAGCCGUCCCAGAAUCAUAUGACUCUCCACCCGCAACGACUUUAGCUGCAAAUGAGAAGGAGGGUUUAGACGAAAAGCCUGUUGUCCCUGGUGGAUCUGAUCAUUCUGCAGUACUAGCACGUCCAUCUGCCGUAUCUGAUGCCGAAUGGAAGACGGCUAGUCGUGCUGUACGUACGGCUGGCUGGUCAGGUGUCUUCUAUCUCAUCACAACUGAUAUCCUUGGGCCUUUCAGUGUUCCGUGGGCCUUUGCGCAAAUGGGCUACGGACCCGGAGUUGCUCUCUACACUGUAUUUGGUAUAUUUGCUUUAUACUCUGGAUGGCAAAUCUUUAACAUCUUCCUUGCACUUGACUCGGACAGAUACCCUACAAAGUCAUAUGGCGACCUCUUCUUCCGUGUUUUCGGUACUUGGGCCCGUCAUGGAAUCAAUAUUGCCCAGUCUAUUCAACUGUUGUUCACCGUAUCUAUUCUCAUUCUCUCCAACGGCCAAUCUAUUGCACAAAUCUCCAAAGGAAACCUCUGUUUCGUUGUCUGUUUGGUAAUUUUUAUGGCCGCCGGUAUGGUCCUGGGGCAGAUUCGUACACUCCAGAGAUUCGGUUGGCUGGCAAACUUCGCAGUCUGGAUUAACGUCCUCAUUAUAUUCAUUUGUAUGGGGGUUGUUGCCAACUCGGCGCCCAAUUAUACCACAAUCGAAGCUUCUUUUGGUGAUACAUUUGGCCCUGGACCUGUUCACAGGUAUGCCGGAACCCCUCCGGCCGGCAAAGCGACUGGUGGAGACGGAUUUGUCGGAUCCUUAAACGGUCUCAACCAAGCUGUAUACUCGUACGGUGGUGCUAUGCUUUUCGUUGCUUUCUUGGCCGAAAUGCGUCAUCCUAUGGAUUUCUGGAAGGGUCUCAUCUGUGCUGAUCUAUUCAUCUACUUUGUGUACAUGUUCUUUGGCAUCUUUGUCUAUUCCUACCAGGGUCAAUAUUCAUACAACCCCGUCAUCCAAGGUCUCUCUCCCUACAACUGGCAAACCGCUGCAAACAUCAUGAAUCUGAUCACCGGUCUUAUUGCCGCUGUACUUUAUGGGAACAUUGGCAUUAAAGUCGCAUACAUUGAUGUCAUUCAAGGCAUUUUCAAAGCACCACCUUUGACCUCCAAGCCUGGUAAAUUGAUUUGGAUUGGCAUGGUACCUCUUUACUGGGCAAUUGCCUUCUGCGUCUGCGCUGCCAUCCCUCAAUUCUCCUACAUUUCUGGUCUCGUGGGCGCACUCUGCAUUCUCCAAUUUACAUAUACAUUCCCUGCCAUUCUCGGUUUCGGAUAUCAGAUUCAAAAAGAUGCCAUGCUUCCAGACGAGGAGUCAUUUGAUCCCCAAACUGGAACAUACAGUUAUUUCGAUAGAGGUGUCAAGAGAUGGAUUAGAGGUUUCAAAGUUCACUGGCUGUUCAAUAUCUUCAACUUUUUCUACUUUUUGGGAGCUCUGACCACGGCAGCUUUGGGCAUUUACACUAGUUGUCUUGGUUUGAUUAGUGCUUUUGAUGGGACCAGUGCUGCGACUAGUUUCGGCUGCACGUCUCCUGUCUAG